AAGCCUAAACAUCGCCUUUUGCUUGAUUCCCUUGUCUGUCGGGUGCGAAAUCGCAGUGUGCUUGGAACCAUGCAGAUCUUCGUGAAGACCCUGACGGGCAAGACCAUCACGCUCGAGGUCGAGAGUUCUGACACUAUCGAUAAUGUGAAAACCAAAAUUCAAGACAAGGAGGGAAUUCCUCCGGACCAGCAGCGUCUCAUCUUCGCCGGCAAGCAGCUCGAGGAUGGCCGCACUCUGGCUGACUACAACAUCCAGAAAGAGUCUACCUUGCAUUUGGUGCUGCGCCUUCGAGGUGGCAUUAUUGAGCCCUCGCUCAUGGCCUUGGCCAGGAAGUACAACCAAGAAAAGAUGAUUUGCAGGAAGUGCUAUGCUCGCCUCCACCCUCGCGCUGUGAACUGCCGCAAGAAGAAGUGUGGACACAGCAACCAGCUCCGCCCAAAGAAGAAGAUCAAGUAGAUGUUAGGGCUUGCUCAUGUAUACACCUGUCAAGGUUAUAUUCCUAGUGGGUUUAUGACUUCACGCAAUUCUGUUGUGUACCUCUCUGGUUCCGAUGGAAAGAUUAAUACCAUGUGUGGCUGGGGCCUUGAAUUGCUCUUCAGGAUCUUCUCUUUGUA